GCUUACCAGCUUUGCCUUGAACUAUUACACGUUUAGGAAAAUCAAUUGCCGUACUGACAGAACAUCCAUCCUUCACAAAAUUUAUUUGCUUCUCCAGUCUUUAAAAUUUGAGAUUGUUCUUCAGUAAAUGAAACAUUAGGCAUUAAAACCUCACUAGCUACACAUUGAGCAGCUGCUUUGGAGUCAGAAACAAAUUUUUCUAAGGAUCUAACAUAUGCAGCACUUCUAUCUUGUACCAAACAAUUGGCAUUCCAAUCAUGCAUAAGAUCAAUCUCUCUGUCACCAAGAUCAACUGAUUCUCCAACAAAUGCUGGGGUCAUAGAUGAAGCAAUCAUAAACUCCUCAACCGUGCGAAUAGUAUCACACACAUUAUCACUUUCUUCAUAUUCAGGAUCACACUGAAUGACACCAAUAUCUAGAACUUGACCAAACUUCAAAAUAUUGCCUUCAUACUUCUCAUAAAGCUCUUUCCAUGAACCUGCAUCCACUAAUGUUUUUUCAUCAUGAUGCCAAGGUACAUACAUCAAAACCUGUUGUCUGUACCACGCUUCCAUACUUUUAUCAUCAUUACCUUUUCUAAGCUUCGGGUAAACCAUAACAAUGGCAUCCUUAGUGCGUUUUUUACCAGAUGGCAAAACAUAUUUCUGGGCAACUUCCCAUAAACACAAACCAUGCAAUUCCACAGAGCGGUUCUUAUAUUUUUCAAAAAAACUGGAUUGAACUUUACCACUCUUCUUACAAACAAAUUUUCCCGCGGAAACUUGUGAUUGGCUGAAAUUUCCCUGGCUCGACUCGGCCUGCUGCUCAGCUCGUCAUUUCCAUAGAAACUCGUGGUAGUAAAAUGCUUUCCAUGUUUCAUUGAACGAUAAGAUAGGCAACCAACACGCACGGAUGUCGGAGGAAACAAGCAUUGCCUUUAGUAAAGGAUUACUCCGUUGUCUCCCACGAUUUAGUGAAAUCUACCUUCUUGUCUACCACGAUUUGCCAGAAUCGUAUUUUUGUUUAUUUGUUACAGGAAAGCAAGAAGUUUGUGAAGCCAAACUUGGUAAAUAUAUUGAAACUGGAGAGGCAACAGGUGUUGAUACGGACUGGUCAACAACUGAUGGCCCUCAAGCUCAACAAGAAAGUUUAUCAAACAGGCUGAGAAAGUCUAUCUCUAAUGCUGUGCGCAUUGAAGUCAAUGAAGAUCGUUCUGGGUCAGUUUCAGAAUCCGAUAGUGAUCAUGAACUUGAUCAUGAUCGGAGUGAAGAUGUUGAGGAACUGCAAUUAGAGGAAGACCCACUAGGGAAUGGAGGUGGAGAGAAUGGAUUGGGGGGAGAUUUUGAGACGUCUCUUAAUUCACUAAAUAAUGGAAGGGUGCUGAGUUCUCAGACACCUCGCAAUUCUUUAGUUAAUGGAGGGGUGCUGAAUUCUCAGACACCUCGUAAUUCAUGAAUCAGUUCGGGUUCAAACAGAAGUGCAGAUGGUGGCAAGCGCAGUCCUGCUGGCAAACGGUCAGCAGAUGACACUGUUGAUGAAACACCAACCAAAAAGAAAGGUGUUUUGAAGAUGAUCUUUUCUCGACUUCACCUCAUCAACAUGAAGAUUGAAGGGGUGCAGAAGUCGUUAGCAUCAAUCAAAAACACCAAUCUGGAUCCGUCUGAUAUAGUGCCUGAUAUUCCUUUGCCAGUGAAUGAUCCCGAUACGCUUGCCAAGCUAGAAUUUGCUAUAAAGCAAAAUGAUCAAUCAAAACUGGCUC